CCCCCCGCCCCCGCCGCCCCCGAGGUGAACUCUGAAGUGGCAGCUCUCCGUUUUUUUUUGAAAGCUGCCUGGAGGACGGUGGAGCCAUGUCUCCCUUCCUGCGCAUCGGCUUCUCAAACUUUGAGAUGGACCCGGGCCUGGCCUACCACGAAGAGGUUCUCAACCCGUACUGUGCCGUCUACAUGAAGGAGUCCAUCGACACCGACAAGGGUCCAGUGUACAAGCAGAAGAAGCCCACCAUGUACCCCCCCUGGACCACCACAUUUGAUGCUCAUAUCCACCGGGGACGCGUCAUGCACGUGAUGGUGAAGGACCGCACGGCGGAGCUCAAGUCUGAGGCCACGGUGGUCCUGGACACCCUGGCAUCCCGCUGCAAGAAAGAGAACGGCAGGCUGGAGAUCUGGCUGGAGCUGAAGCCACAGGGCCGCGUGCUAAUGGAGGCCAGAUACUAUCUGGAGAAGAGCGAUGCCACAGGCCAGAGCGAGGGCGACGCGGAGGAGGAUAAGGAGAGGGAGGGCGUGUUUGCCCUCCACCAGCGACGCGGGGCCAUCAAACAGGCUAAAGUGCACGUGGUGAAAUGCCACGAGUUCAGCGCCACCUUCUUCCCCCAGCCCACCUUCUGCUCCGUCUGCAAAGAGUUUGUAUGGGGCCUUAAUAAGCAGGGUUACCAAUGCAGACAGUGCAACGCGGCCAUCCACAAGAAAUGCAUUGACAAAGUCAUUGCCAAGUGCACCGGUUCAGCAGUCAACAGCAGAGAGACAAUGAUACACAAGGAGCGCUUCAAGAUCGACAUGCCCCACAGGUUCAAGGUGUACAACUAUAAAAGCCCCACCUUCUGCGAACACUGCGGGACCCUGCUGUGGGGGCUGGCCAAGCAGGGGCUCAAAUGUGAGGAAUGCAGUAUGAAUAUCCAUCAUAAAUGCCAGAAGAAAGUCGCCAACCUCUGCGGGGUGAACCAAAAGCUGAUGGCUGAAGCUCUGGCCCUCAUCGAGAGCAAACAGCAGGUCAGAGAAAACGCCAGAGGCUCCCAAGAUAAUGAGAUCAUCGGACGAGAGGGGCCGGUGGGCAUUGGCCAGGGGGGAGUAAUCCGCAUACCAUCAGGGUUGGUGACAGCUUUACCCACCACAACGACUCCUGCACGCAGAGAGUUGCAGGGUAUACCAUGGGAUGCUCCACCCAAUGUGAGCCGGACGGAGGCCAUGGUGGAGGAGCGAGAGGAAGAGCCCCUAUAUGCCGUACCCCGGAAAGAGCAUCAUCACAAGUUCAACCUCGACAACUUCACGCUGCACAAGAUGCUUGGCAAAGGCAGCUUUGGCAAGGUGUUUUUAGCGGAGCUUAAGAGCACAGGACAGUUCUUUGCGGUGAAGGCCCUGAAGAAGGAUGUGGUCUUGAUGGACGACGAUGUGGAGUGCACGUUGGUUGAGAGGAGGGUCCUUUCCUUAGCAUGGGAACAUCCCUUCCUAACACAUCUCUACUGCACCUUUCAGACCAAGGAAAACCUUUUCUUUGUGAUGGAGUAUCUGAAUGGAGGAGACCUCAUGUUUCACAUCCAGAUGUGCAAAAAGUUUGACGUGCCCAGAUCCAUGUUUUAUGCAGCAGAGAUCAUUUGUGGGCUCCAGUUCCUUCACUCUAAGGGCAUAGUAUACAGGGACCUAAAGCUAGACAAUGUCCUUUUGGACUCUGAGGGACACAUAAAGAUAGCGGACUUCGGCAUGUGUAAGGAGAACAUGCAAGACGACGCGCGGACCUCCACCUUCUGUGGGACCCCAGACUACAUCGCUCCUGAGAUUUUGCUGGGUCAGAAGUACAACCACUCGGUGGACUGGUGGUCCUUCGGCGUGCUGCUGUAUGAGAUGCUAAUCGGCCAGUCUCCGUUCCGUGGUCGAGAUGAAGAGGAACUGUUCCAGUCCAUACGCACAGAUGACCCCUGUUACCCCCGCUGGCUCCCCAAGGACGCCAAAGACAUUCUGGUCAAGCUGUUUGUGAGGGAGCCUGAGCAGAGGCUAGGGCUGCAGGGCGACAUCAGGACUCACAGCUUCUUCAGUGGUACCGACUGGGCCGCGCUGGAGCAACGGCAGGUGGUGCCCCCCUUCAGGCCGACUGUGAAAUCGCCAAGCGACUGCAGCAACUUUGACAAGGAGUUCAUCGAUGAGAAACCCAGGCUGUCGUGUGCCGACCGGGCCCUCAUCAACAGCGUCGACCAGAACAUGUUCAGAAACUUCUCUUUCGUCAACCCGGCCAUCGGGCGCAUCAAAGGACCCUGACGGCCGGACCACUAACCCGCACCCUCUUCAGCAGUAGCACUUACGACACAGAGACGAUAAGGAAGGGAUGUCUCAAAGCAAAUGCACACGUCCAUAGAAGAUCACUAACCACUACGCUCAGUGACAGAGGAGCAGGCCUUCUGUCUUUCGGCCUACGGAGAGCUAGAAAUUCAGUUUGUUUACUUCGCAUGAAUCACCAGAGUCUUUGGUUGUUUCAGUUUGUGUUUGUUGAAUCCAUGUAGUCCACUCAGUAACUUCCACCUGGGCACAGUUUCCACCAGCCAGGAGAUAAAUGUGUACUAUCGGUACUGAUAAAACCAUUUUUCU